CGCCAAUUCAACGUCCACUCUCCUCGUUGCGACAUACUCCGUCAAAAUGGCCAGUACGUGCGACCCUACUUGGAUUAUCUUAUAUCGAAAUGCUGUUACGGGAAUUUCUCGACAAUGCGAGUUUUUGAGGCGGAAGCGCUGACUUGAUGUCCUUUUUUGUGCAGAGUCCAAGAACGCAUCGCAGCACCACAACAGCCAGAAGGCUCACCGUAACGGGUGCGUAUAUACUUUUUGUUUUUGAGGAUGAGUUUUCUGGGAAUGGAAGGGGGCUAUGAUGUUGGGAUUGGAUGUUGGGGAAUCCUUGGGGAUGACCUCAGACCAAUGUCUACAUGCAAUACGCUUCUUUCGAAGAAAAUCAGACGACACAAUACCAGAACAACCCGCUGAUAUCACCUUCAACAACAGUAUCAAGAAGCCUAAGACCCAGCGUUACCCCUCGCUCAAGGGUGUCGACCCCAAGUUCCGCCGCAACCACCGUUACGCUCUCCACGGCACUAUGAAGGCUCUUGUACGUUGAACCGAUUCGCAAUACCCCGAUACAAUUUCCGAGAAAAUCAGCUAACAACCCCACAGAAGGAGCGCAAGGAGGGCAAGCGCGAGGUCGCAUAAACGGGUAUAAAAUAAUGGAGAGCUACUUGGGUUGGUCAUUUUAACGUGCG